AUGGUCGACGAAUGCAUGGCCAACUUUGGAAUACUGCUGGGCCAAAACGAUCAUGUAUCUAGUGCGAUCAAGUUGUCAUGGAUAAGACAAAUCCGUGAUGCGAAAACGUUGGACACUCCAAAGUUUGUACAAUGCUAUGCCCGAUGUCACAUAUUCUGCUUGAUUGGAACCACUUUAUUUCUUGACAAGUCGGCAUUGAUGGAGAGCUGCAAGUACUUGCGCAUGUUGAGGAAUUUUGCAGAAAUUAGUUCUUACAGUUGCGGAUCGGCGUAUUUGGCAUAUCUGUAUAAGUCCCUGUGCCAGGUCUUGCGUUAUAAUACCAAGGAUAUGGAUGGUCCACUAGUGUUGUUGCAUGUCUAG